CCCUUCCCCCCGCGGCCGGCCGCGGCAGACCGCUCCGCCCUCGGCGGCAGCGGGCGCCCCGCGAGCGAUGCGGGGGCGGUCGCCGCCGGAGGCCACCAGGAGAGCGCCCCGACGGCCCGACACUGCCGGAAGUACGCCCGCCUCUUCGUGCAUGUGGACACGGACGGCGACGGGUUCGUCUCGCAGCGGGACGUCGGGCCCGUCUUCCUGCGGGCCGGGCUCGACCCUCCGACGCUGGGCAGGAGAUCUGGAGCGCGGUCGACGUCGGCCGCGCGGGCCGCAUCGGGUUCCGAGGAUUCGUGGGUGCCAUGCACCUGAUCCAGGCGGCCCGCUCGGGGCGCGCGCCGCCGGAGCGGGUGCCGCCCGAGCUGGCCGAGGCGCUGCGCGCCAUCCAGGACGGCCCCGCCGCGCUCGCCCGCCAGGGCUCCUCGCGCUCCGCCUCGCGCGCUGCGAGGGGUGCGGGCGCGGGUCGCAGAUGUGCUUGGGCGCCGACGCCGACGGCGCGCCAGUGCCGGAAGUACGCCAGGAUCUUCGUCGCCUCGGACCAAGCGAGGCGGGGCUUCCUCGCCGCUGGGGACGCCCGCGACCUCCUCUGCCGCUCCGGGCUGGCGGGCAGCGAGCUGGAGCAGAUCAUGGGCCUGGCAGACGCCGACUGCGACGGCGCCCUCUCCUUCCCGGAGUUCGUCGCCGCCAUGCACCUCGUCCGGCUGGCUCGCGAGGGCGCGUCGCCGCCGCCCACGGGGCGAGGGCUGCCGCGGGAGCUGGCCGACUUCGUCCGCGCGCUGCCCCGCAGCCCGGCGCGCAUGGCCCUCGAGGGCAGCUCGCGCUCGGCAAGCCGCGCCCGCUCGAGGA